AUGGCACCAACAACACACACCAACAUUUCGCAAAUUAGCAACCCCGAAAUAGAACACGCUGGUGAUGAUUCAUCAGUGCAAGGAAAGAGAAAGCUGGAUGCUACAAACCGCACUUCCUUACACGAUGAUGAAGAAAGUCCAAUGGAGACUAACACGAAGAAACAAAAGCAAACUCUAUUCAUCAACACAACCAAUAUUUCAAGCUCUCGUAUUAAUGAUUCUGAUGUAUCAAUGGGUACUAUAACCUCCUCAUCAUCAGAAACAACCACUAUUGUUGAAGAAUUUAAUCGUACAUCAUCCUCAGGAUCAACCAUCGUUAACAAUGAUGUAAAACUUCGUGAUGAUAUCAACAAUCAACAACCAGCAAUAGCAAUUCUCUCGUUCCACAAUUACAAGAAAUGGAACUCUGAAGAGGUUGCUUUUACAUUGGUUUUGGAUGAUGUGGUUGGUGGAGCAUCAUUAUCCGUUGCUGAUGUUAAACCUUUAUGUGAUGCCGAUUUCAAAGGGACCUCUCUUGCCAAUAUUGUACAGGAUAUCAAUAGACACAACGUUGACUCGGCUAUUAAAAGCAUGACUGAAAGCAAUGAUUUUACUCAAGUCUCCGAAAGUACUUGCAAGUCCGUUGUGCAUUGGGUAAACAAUACAUUAAUGCCCAAGCUUUUUGGAUUGUGGGACAAAGAUCAAACAAAGUCGGCACUCUGCAAACAUAAAUUAAUAGGAGGUGCUGGAUUAUGUGAGAAUCAAGUUCAGCCUUUAUAUGAGGCAGGGUUUAAUGGAACAGUAUUAUCUAGGAUUGUUUAUGAAUUGGAGAAGAAUGAAAGGGAUGGUAACGCUUUGACUGAUGUUGAGGUAGUGAACAACAUUCUUGCAAUGGAAAUCGAUUCAUCUACUCGCACAGUAUUAGUGGACUGGGUAAAGUUUGAACUGAUUGCAAAAAACAAGAUACAGGUACCAUUGGCUAAGCCAAGCGUUUCAAAUGUUAAAUAUUUUGCAUGUAACAAAAGAUAUACUAUUGACCACAAUGAAAUAGUUCACUCAACACGAAAGAAGAUACAACAAUUUAUUCAACAAUUCACAACAACAUCACCAAAAGAUAUCUCUAACAUUGAAUCCAUCCCAAAUAUUUUACUCAGCAGUUUUGGAGCAAAUUUUACCUUUGUGGAUAGAGAAGAAAGUACCAAGAUUAUUUUCAACAAUUUUAAGCAAUAUUCGUCGCGAAUUGAUCAACAAGGGGAAAAUUUAAAUUUAGACAAAACGAAUAUCACACUUCCAUUCAUUGCAGCAGCUCCAGGUGUUGGUAAAUCAAAACUACUGAAAGAGAUUGGAUUGAAUUUAUAUCGUAAACAUUUUAGAGAACAGGUGACUUGCUAUCCUUUAUUUGUUUCUUUUGGAAACGGUACUUCUAUCACUGCAACAGAAAAAGACAAACAAAUAGACAUCACUCAAUCAUUUAUUAUUAGAGUUAUAUUUUCAUUCAUAUGUCAUAUCAAUGGAAAAAAAGAGGAUUUCCCGGCCAUUGUAAGAAAUUGGGUUGCUACUUUUGAAAAUCGAAUCAUAGAUCUGAAUGAGGUAUUGGAUGUUAUUACCAAUUUAUUGGGGAAGGAUAAUAUUGAUUUCUUUAUUGCGAUCGAUGAGGCUCAUCAAAUAGAUAAUCGUACUCAAAAUCAACACAAUCCCUUGCGUUCACUUUUUAUAUAUUUGGGCCAUUUACUACAAAUCCCACCAAAACCCUACAAUUUAUUACAAAACCCACAACAACCCAACUACAUGAGAUUAUUUCCUUUAUUUGCCGGUACAUAUCAUACAGUUUUACUUACAAGCUUGAUUUGUAGUACUUACACUCCACUUUUUGUUCCAGUUAAUGCAUUACUAUCUUCUCUGAACAUUGUUACGAUUAUUGAUAAUUUAUCGAACACUCAUCCUAAACUGAGGAAUUGGAGGACCAAUGUUGAGUUUAGACAUUACUUGAGACUCUUUUCUGGAUUUCCAAGAGGUUUAGAAUAUUAUCUUGAGCAAUAUAUAACUCAACCAGAAUAUACAUCACGGACUGCAUUUGAAACUUCAGCAUAUAAUUUGAGCCAGAAAUACUUUUUCUGCAUUUCUAACAGUAUUGGUCAUGUUUUGGUAUCCCAUAUUUUAACACGACAAAAUGUACUCAAAAACAGCAAUAUUAUCAGCUCUGUUGAUUUGACUUUCUCUGACGCUGAAAAUUUGGGCUUUAUCAUGUUGGACCUUGUUCAACAAGGUUUGCCAUAUUUUACCUGUACCUAUCCUCCAGUAUUGAUGCACCAGAUGAUUGAUCAGCAAUUACGACCACAUUUUGAAAAAUUAUUUUUUUCUACUGAAAGAACAAUGUAUGAAUUUUCUUGGGAAGACCAUGUUUAUGAUUAUCUUUAUUUAUUUUUUAGUUUGCUUUCAAAUACAUCAGACCUAUCAUUGAGCAAUCUAUUCCCAUUUGCUUUAAUGUCAGAGAAAACUGCUAAACUCACAUUGGAACAAAUACCAAACUGUAAACAAUGUACGGCUAAACAUCAAAUUCAAGGUACCUUGAAUGAGAAAAUUGAUACCACUAGUGGUCUGUUGGAUAUAACAACGGUUAUAGAUUGUACAAUCAUCAAAAACGCAGACUCUGCUCAAGCUGGGGAUAUUUUAAUAAUUGGUUUAAAAUUGAAAGACUCACCCAACGAUAUUCUAGUUUUUCAUAUUCAAUGCAAAUGGGCUGACUCUGAAAAAUCUAGUGAAACAUUCAAAAAUAUUUCUACUGAAAUAGAAAAGAAUGAGAAAUUGUGCUUUGAUACGAAAUCAAAAAAGACGACAAAUAUUACAGUCAUAAUGAGUGGUAAACCCAUUCCAGACCUUCCUAACAACAUUCCAGACAAUGUAAUGAUCAUUAACAAAACUAACUUUGCAAAAUAUUUUGGGAUUUUUGCAGAUAGCAUGAAGUUCUUUUGUAGCAAACAAAUUCUUCACAUUAAUGAGGUGAAUGAGUUAGAGUUACAAUGCUUUCCUAGAAUAGGUGAACAAAUGGCAAAAUGUGUGAUGAAAUCACGACCAUCCGAAGGUUUUAAAGACCACGCAGAUAUGCAGAACAAAAUACGUACUCAGGUUUCAAAUAUUGAAAUUGCAACAAAAUUGAUCAACAUACUUAACGAAACUGAAAUAAUUUUCUAG